GCGCCCGGAGACCCGCGGCCAUGCAGCCCCCGGCCGUGCUCGUCACCUCCAGGCGAGUUCAGAAUGCCCACACGGGCCUCGACCUGACUGUGCCCCAGCACCAGGAAGUGCGGGGCAAGAUGUUGUCAGGCCACGUGGAGUACCAGAUCCUGGUGGUCACCCAGCUGGCUGCGUUCAAGUCGGCCAAGCACAGGCCCGAGGAUGUCGUCCAGUUCUUGGUCUCCAAAAAGUACAGCGAGAUUGAGGACUUCUACCAGAAACUGACCAGUCGCUAUCCGGGGGCCAGCCUGCCCCCACUCCCCAGGAAGGUGCUGUUUGUGGGGGAGUCUGACAUCCAGGAGAGAAAAGCCGUGUUCAAUGAGAUCCUGCGCUGUGUCUCCAGGGACGCGGGGCUGGCGGGCAGCCCUGAGCUGCUAGAAUUCUUAGGCACCAGAUCCUCAGGGGCUGCAGAUCUCAUCGGCAGAGACUUCUCUGUCUUGGAUGCAGACAGCCAGGCAGGGGAUGACGGGGAGGCUUUCAGCUUCUUUGAGCAGCAGGAUCAAGUGGAGGGUGAGGGCCCGCACAUCCUGGGCCUGAAGAUGGAGGAUGCAGGGCAGUCAGAAGAGGAAGAGGAGGAAGUGCUGGACCCGCUGGGCAUCAUGCGCUCCAAGAAGCCCAAGAAACUCCCUGAAGUGGCCCCGAAGGCCAGGCCCUCGCCCCGGCUCACCAUCUUUGAUGAGGAGGGGGACCCGGACGAGGCCCUGUUUGGCCCGAGCAGGAAGCUGUCCCCUCAGGGCCCUGCAGAGGACAAGUUCCCCAGGGACUCCCUGAAGUUGUUUGAUGACCCUGACCUCGGUGGGGCUGUCCUCCUCGGUGACCCCUUACUGCUGCCGGCUACCCGAGAGUGUGGAGGACCCACCUCCCCCCUGGGCCGCAGGGAGACUUCCGAGGAGUUGUUCAGAGUUGAAGAGGACUUGGACCAGAUUCUGAACCUAGGGUCUGAGCCCCAACAACGGCCCAAGCCCCAGGCCAGGUCCAAGCCACCAGUGGCAGCUAAGCCAGCGCUCCCCAGAAAGCCAGUGGUUCCCCCCACAGCGGCCCCAUCCAAAGCUGAAGCCAAGCAGCAGCAGCAGAUCCAGGCCAUGGACGAGAUGGACAUCUUGCAGUAUAUCCGGGACCAUGAUGCACCUGACCAGGCAGCCCCCAGCCUCUUCUGAACCUCCACCUUUGCAAUGGCCUUGACACCCAUCAGGGGGUGGGAGAGGGGUGGAAGCCCCCCAACCAUAGGACCCUGUACCGCCUUGUUGCUUUUUCUCCUGGCCUGUGGGGUCAUGGAACCCUGCAGGGUACAAAGAACAAGGUCACCAUAGGAAUUGGAGCCCAAAUUAUCUCAGCCACAUGGAUGUGGAGGGGAGGCUAUUCGUGGGGAGGCCUCGCCAACCCAGGGAUGGAGUGAGGCUGGGGUGCUGUACUCGAGCAGGAAAACUUUGUGCCUACCCAUGCCCACGGCUCUGCCCACCCCCCAUGCAGGAAGGAGGGCUUGGCUGACCUAGGCUGGGGCGUGGGGGUUCCCUUUGUCAAGCUUCUAGGAAUCUCUGGCAGCAGGGCUCCUGGGGACCUGCAAGCUCUGGGAGGGUCCCCAGCACAGGGAUGCUGAGUGGGUGCCCAGGAGAGCCUGGCUGAGUUGGGGUCACCUUGAACCACCAAUAGUUACCUAUGCAGGGUGCUUACCCACGUGUCCCAGCUCAAGGGAUCCAUCCAGCCCAGCCCUCCGGGUGGGUGCAGAUGGCCUGGCAAGCCCGGUCUGCCCCCACAUUCCCAGGAAACGCCCGGUCAGCCAUGGCUGCCUUGGGCUUCUGGCCUUGCACCCCACGUCCACCCUUGCAGCUCUGGCAGAGUGUGUCACGGCAUCCUCCAGAGCUCCACAGGCCGGGGGUCCCACGGGGGUGAGGCCACAUCUCUCCAGGUGCUGCCUGAGGGCCCACCUGUCCAGGGUGGGAGCUGUCCUGUCCUCCAGGUCUGGACAUGCUCACCGGCCUUUCACCAGUGGGCGCUGCCUUCCAGGGAGCAGGAGCCCUGUGCCUUAGACGCCUCCGGACCCCGCGCCCCAGCGCGCAGUCCAGGGCAGCAUGGUGCUCAGGAACGCCGCAGUGAUUGCAGGAGGCUUGUUGGAGCAAAGGCUUUGUUUGUGUGUCUGCUGCAGUCCUCACAUUCAGAGCUGGUGUUUAAGGAAACAAACCAUGUUUUUAAUGAAAUAGAACCAUGUUGUCCUUUGGCUCGUCCUCCUUGACAGGCUCUGGAGAGGGGUUUGCUGGGGAAUAGGACCCUGGGCCAACCCCGAGAGAACCCUCCUGACCCACAUGGGCUGUUUGCUGCCCACAGAGGUUGGGAGCCCCUCGUCUGCCCUGGGCUCACCAGCCCCUGGUCAGCUGCAUCCAGUCCCAGCAGGCCCCUCCCCUGGGCCAGAGAGAGAGGAGAGAGAUGCUUCUUCCCUCUGCCUUCCCCGGGCUCCCAGGGCCCCCUUCCCAGGGCUCUGAGCUGACUGCCCGGCCCCAGCCCAGCACCUGUGUGCGUUUCCCUCACACCCCACCCCAUCCACACCCUGCAACCCGAAGCAGAUGCCUCCCCCACCCAGCCCCCUCUGCCCCUCCCUCCCUGCUUCUGACCCCACGCCCCAGUGUGUGACAUAGGAACAGAGGUGCAGCCAGGUGACCUGGGGACCCUCCACCCUGGUGCUGGUUCCAGCUCAGCAGCCUGGCGUCCUCCAGACACCUCAGUGAGGACCUGCGCGUCCCCAGUCAGAUGCUGGACCCACAAGUCUGUGACCUACUGGCCAAUCAGUGAUGCCCAGACUUCCAAUAAAGUUUGCCAGUGACUCAUUCCAGCCUUUGCUGCUGGCUUUCUAUUUUGUGCCUAGGCUACAGGGUACAAUGUGGGGGGAUCUUCCACAGCUCAACAAGUGGAGCUGCCCUUGAAGCACCCCAGGCUCUUCUGAGUCUCUGCCAGGCUGCUGCUUGAUGGGGUGGGCUAGUGCAAGGGGAGGAGUCCCCUGGGGAACCACACAGUGGGCCAGGCCCUGUGUGGGUCACCGGUCAGUAACCUCUCAUCCAGGGCUGUUUGGGAAAAGGAGCCUUCCCUUCUCCAGACCUCCCAUCGCCUUGGUGGAGAGGAUGGAGUGGGAACCAGGCUAGACGCUGUCUGGCCCUGUGCCCCUUCAGCUCCGACGCCAGACAGCCGCCUGCCUCCAACCCCUGCAGGCCCCGGUUCUCAGAUGCAGCUUCGUGUCUGGGGCCAGAGGGUCCGACACACGGGGGUCUGCAAGCCAACAGCCGCUGGAGGAGAAACGGGCCAGGAGGCAUUCCAAGUGCACCAGCCUCCCCCACACUUGGCCUGGAGUCUUGUAGCUGAAGGUAGGCCUGGGGCCUCGGCUCCGCGCACAAGCAGUGGGCCAUCUAGAGAAGGACCGCUCUGCCAACACGAGCCGGGAGUCCCCAGGGAAGGCCAACCCAGCUUUCAUUUGUAACAGCGGCGCUUGUUUGUUCUGAGGCCCUUGUGAGCGUGUGGACAGGAGGCACCGUCUGGGUUGGGGUCCCCCCCUCCCAUCUCACUUCCUCCCAGGAAGCCAGGACUCCAGCCAGUUCUCUGGGAAACCCCCAUCCUGGUGCCCGCCCUGGCCAGGCCUGUGUGGGCCCCGCUGCAGAGGGUCUUCCGUUGUCAGGUCUGGCUUCCCUUGACGUGUCUGUGGAAGUGUCUGACUCCAGCCUGGGGUGCUCCGGGGGCUGCCCCGAGGCUCCAGCUCUUCACCGGAUGCAGACUGGACGGGGUCAAAGGGCCCGAGGCCUGACUGCCCAGCUGCCAGUUGGGAGGUGUCACACCCUCUGUGUGGUGACUUACAUCCAGUGUGAGGCUCUGUUGUGUCUCCAGGAUACCUGAGGUGGAAAGUUCCAUACAGGUCUCAGCUCACCAGAUGUCCAGCUGAGCAUAUUCUGGGGAAGAGGGGCUGGAGCUACCAACAUGCGCCCUGCUUGUGACUGUGGCUGGAGAGCAGGUGCCUCAGUGCUGCUGGGGCUCUGGGGAAUGCUGGCUGCUCAGAGCCCCUUCAAGUGGCCACCUUUUAGUGUCAGGUGUUGGUGUGCCCACUCAGGGCCAACUCGGAGGGCUCCAAGCUGCUCCACCCAGUGCCCUGAGGCCUCGGUGGGGGGUGCUGACCACAGACCCAGGGGAGGAGUCAGCUGUAGGCACUGGGCAUGAAAAGAUCUAGGUUCCGGUCCAACUCGGCUCUAUGAUGUCCCCAACCCUCAGUGCCAAGGAAAGGGUCUUCCCUGGGGCUCCGAUGAGGAAGCAGGCGGACGACCAUCCUGUCCUUGUAUGGAGUUCCUGUGGGCUGGCCGCUCCCGUUCAUCACACGGGGACCCCUGCCCAGGACAAGCUGGGCACUACUACUAAGUGGUGGGCUGUUGGUGGGUUCCUGAGGACUCAAGUUCAACUCAGCCUGAACUCAUGCGCAUGGGCCCCAGGUGUGGGAUACGGUGAACACACCUGAUACCAAUGCUCGUCCCACUCCUGGCGAACUCCUGAGCCCUGCUGCCCAUGCCCUGGCCUCUGAGAAGAGCCCAGAGAUUUCAGUUCUUAGGCCACACUCAGGAUAAAGCUGGAGCAGGGAUUAAUGGGCCUAGGUCAGCCCCGGUCCUGAGUAGUAAGCUGGAGCAGGCAGCUCUCAUCCUGUGAGCUCUGAGUACCUCAGACCUACCUGUCAGCUCCACACCUACCUGAGGGGACUCCUCAGGAGGAAGCAGGGAGGGGUACUUCUGUUGGCUACUUGUGCGUGGCUGGUCGGAUUCUCUCAUUCACCGUUGCCGCCGUUAAUAUUGAAACCUCUGAAUCAAAAGCUACAUCUCUUUAUCCAACAGUGAAACUCCAAAUCUUGCCGAAAAUGACUCUCAAGAGCAACCCGUAGCACCAAAUGGAGGCUUAGCGGUACCCAGAGCUGUCCUGGCCACCAUCCUGGUGUCCUAGGAAGGUCUUCGUCACCCUCUCCCUGAUCUCCCAAGGCAGCGGGCCCUCUCGCUCCUCUUCCUCAGGUUGGUUUUCUUCCUCUGACAAGAGCGCUCCUGACUUCACAUGUGUUUCUGUUUUUCCUCCGGCCUUAAUAGCCACUUUGCUGACGUCCCCCUGAGAAGUGUCCUUGGUCCCAGAGGGUGAUUUUUUUUUUUUUU